GUUAGCUGCACGCUUUGUGCUAUUGCUGCAGGCAUAUUACUCCACAUUGCCAUUGCUCACCGCCUCGACAACUUCAAUUCUCCUCAGACUACCUCCUAUCUCCGCCAUGCCUGCUGCUGCAGAAUACAAGCAGCCCCAUGUGGAGGACUACCACUCUGACGAUGGUGGUACUCCACAGGCCAACGUCACCGCGAAACGAUCCAAAUCUUCAAACCUUCAAGAAACUGCUAAGGACGCUCCGGCGGAUAUCAUAUCUGACGCCGCGACCGACUCAGGGUAUUCGAGCCGUACCGCUGCCACCGUGAGCUCCGCUGAUUCUGGUGGAAGGUCCCAGCCGCCAAGCAGGUCGUCGAGAGCAGUCCCUCCGGCCGCUGCCGAGUCCACCGCAGCUGAGCCACCCCGCAAGAAAUCAUCCACGAAAGACAGAUCAGAUAAAAAGACAGAGAAAACUAAGCUCACGGAAAAGAAGUCGGAAAGGACAAAAGAGAAGUCGAGACCGGUCGUCGUCAAUCAAACGCGACCUCGCACCGAUUCUCGAGCUCGUAAAGUCGAUCUACAACGAGCAGACGACUAUCGUGAAGAAGGGAACCGACCGGUUCGACGGCAGCAGCCUGCGCCAAUCCACACUAGCCAUCAAUCUUACUCACGACAGCCGUCCCCAGAGUCAGUUCGCUCUCCAUAUCACGUAUACCAUCCUCAAUCUCCAUCGUAUUCUCGAACAAACUCUACCUACUCCGAUCCCAUGGUCCAGCCGGCCCACACCACUCACCGCAGGUCAUCCUCCGUAAGUCGUCCUAGGCCUGCCAGCUACCACAGCGCGGACGGCCCGCUAUACGGACAGUACGGUCGCCUACCUACCGUCGAUCAUCAACCUGCAGUACAUGGUCCACCACCGUCAAGCUCGGCAUACGCAAACGUUGCCCGUCCUCAAUACAUGCCAACAUCUACAUCUUACAGUCGGACACCGCAUCACACAGGCUAUUUUCCUCAGAUGCAGCAGCCAUCACAUUUGUCCUAUGCUUCGCAGCCUCCGGACAGCACUUACUCAACACGUGGGAAUUCUAGACCAACUUCGAUGUAUACCCCCGCACUCAUUUCACAGUCUAUGACGCCCGGCCCUCCUACGCCUUACAGCCGUUCUCCCGCUCCGAGUGCUCGAUAUGGUCCCCUCGGUCCAUCACCUCAAAUUCAACCCAACCCGCCAGCUUACUCUUCCCGUGCACACCCUUCUACGUCUGAUUACGAGGAUGAUGACGACGACGAAGACGACGACGACGUGGGCAUGCAAGAAUUGCAGACGCAGAUGAGCCGGGUGCAAAUGGAUCGCAUGCAAAUGGACCGUGUUCAGAUGCCCCCUCCAAGACGUCCCAGCAUUCGCCAAAAACCAGAGCUGCCGGCUAUAGAUUACUACAGUAAAUCGCCCGCCCCGCCUAUUAUGGAGGUGAGUGCGUCGUCGAGGCGGCGCCAAUCUCAGUCUGCUUCAAGCCGCACGUAUACAGACUCUACACGGUCGUCGAAAAGAUACUAUGACGAAGAUCGGUACGCACCGCCACCGUCCCAGAAAUAUGAUGGCAGACGUCGGAGCAUUCCUGUCGAAUUCUCUGACGAGGAGACGUUCCCAUUUGAGGAUGAACGGCGCCCUUCCGUACGUCGUCGCACGCGUACAGAGAAUGACAUGAGUCGCCUAGAAAGAGCGGCACGAGAGCACCAGAAAGAUCCGGAGCGAGGCGAACAGGUGCACACGUCUGACGCUCUGCUUCGAGACAAGAUCGCCAAUAACAGCUCUCGUCGCAUCGAACGCGCCCCCUCUGACGCCAAGUCACAAGUGUCGCGAAGAUCCACCAUGACCAAGGCCACCAAUGGUAUCAACCUCCACGUUGCUGGUAAUGAUGACUUCAAUAUCUCCAUCACCGGCGACAUGAACGGCCAGACCCUCCAAGUUGCGCCCAGUGCCGAUGGUGGUGCUAUGAUCACUAUUGGAGGAAAGCAAUAUCACGACACUGGACGAUCGGAAAGGUCGAGUCGCAGUCGAGGUCUGUCGAGCGCCGGCAAGAGUAGCAGAUCAAGCCAGAAGGAGUCAAGGGUUGGUCAUACCAGUCGACGCGACCCAACUUGGUUCUAGGAUAUCCAGCUCUACUGGUCAGCGUGAUCAGUGUGGGCGUAGCCGUUCCAGUGACAGCAAUAUAUUACGACGCACCAGAAAAAAAUUAACAGAUGCACAUUCCGGAUACGAAGACGAGGCACGCGAAAC